GCUCCAUGUCAAGGUGGGCUUAGUGCUCCGGGAAGGGGUGUAGUUUUACAAAGGAGGCAAGAAAGGACACGCGAGGGAAUUCGCUGCUCAAGUGGACAAACAAAACCUUACAGUACACCAUGCCCGCUCAAAAUAAAGACGACGGAGGAUGGAAGAAGUUUGUAUGGAAUUCGGAGAAGAAGGAAUUUCUAGGACGUACCGGCGGGAGUUGGGCAAAAAUCUUCCUCUUCUAUCUCAUCUUUUAUGGCUGUCUGGCCGGGAUCUUUAUCGGCACCAUUCAGAUUCUCCUCCUCACCCUGAGCGAUUACAAACCCACCUGGCAGGACAGAGUCGCUCCUCCAGGUCUCACUCAUUUCCCACGUUCAGACAAGUCUGAGAUUGCCAUUAACCUGGAUGACGAGGUGUCGUUCCUGAACUACGUCAAAGUCAUGAGAGAGUUUCUGACAUCCUACGACCAGGAAAAACAGUUAGACAAUAUGCAGUUUGAAAACUGUGGAGAAUCACCCUUGGACUACAAAAACAGAGGUGAUCUGGAGAGUGACGUUGGGGUUAGGAGGGCCUGUCAGUUUUCGAGGGAGUGGCUUGGACCCUGCUCUGGCCUGGACGACCCUUAUUUUGGAUUUAAGGAAGGGAAGCCCUGCCUUAUUGCCAAACUCAACAGGAUUGUGAACUUCAGACCUAAGCCACCAGUAUCAAAUGAAAGCAUUCCGGAAGAGGUUCAGCACAAAGUCCAGCCCUAUCUUAUUCCCAUCCACUGCACAAAUAAGAAAGAGGAGGAUGCAGGUAAGCUGGGUGAGGUGAGGUACUACGGUUUUGGCGGAGGCUUCCCUCUUCAGUAUUACCCCUAUUACGGCAAACUUCUGCACCCUCAGUACCUGCAGCCGCUGGUGGCCAUUCAGUUCCUCAACAUCACUCCCAACACGGACAUGCGCAUCGAGUGCAAAGUGUACGGGGAAAACAUUUAUUACCACGACAAGGACCGCUACCAGGGACGAUUCGACGUUAAAUUCAACAUUAAAAAAUCAUGACCUCAAAACACUACCUCCAUUCUCUCCCUACUGAAAGGCAAACUAAGGCCCCUCUUCUGACUUGAGAUACAGAGAGAAGUUUCUCACCGGUCUUCCACAGCGUUUAACCGAGGAGAUGUGUCUUUUGUUUUGUUUUUUCCUGAAUGUACAAAGUGUCUCACGUCAGAAAGAGGCCUCAUUUUAGUUCAGGAGAGAUUAAGUCAAAACAAACAAAUAAUUAAAAAAGUGAAUAAACAUGAUAUAUACAUAUAUACACACACACAUAUACAUACAGUGAGCAAAAAAGUAUUAAACAUGUCACCUUUUUUUCUCAGAAAACAAAUUUCUAAAGAUGCUGUUGACUUGAAAUUUUUCUUAGACGUCAGUAAUUUACAUUCAAAGAAAAUAAAACUAAUUAAUUUAGAAAUAAAGUCACGUGUAAUAAAAUGAAAUGACAUAGGGAAAAUGUAUUGAACAUAUGAAGAAAGGAAGGUGCAAAAAACGCAUGGAAAGACCAGACAGCAGCUCAAAUAUCUGCUUCUACAUUCGAAAUUGCUAACUUUCCCUUUUAUGUAGUAUGUGAAAAACAGUAUUGUUCACCAAGUAGUAUGUCCGAAUUUAGAGUUUUCAAAAAAUACCUAAUGUUUCCCGUGAAAUUCCAGUGGAUGCUACACUGUAAUGCCUUUAAUGCCACAUGAGAGAAUUCAUGAAUGGGAGGAAAGUGAAGUGACGCAACCAGGGUUUAAUUUGGGCUGGAACAAGCCGGAUCCGGAACCUCAUUUUAGCCACCUAUACCCACCAUGGCCCCUGGUCAGAAUAUAAGCUGUUUCAAUGCCAACAUCUGCAUUACCAGGGUGGACAUUUCAGCAAGACAAUGAUCCCAAACACAGACAAGCUGACUCUCAAUUGGUUUCAAAAAAGAAAAUAAAGCUGCUACAAUGGCUUAGACAAUCACCUGACCUGAACCCAAUGCAGACAUAUAGACGAGACCCACAGAAACGUCAAGAUUUUUACACUCUGUUGAAGUCUAAAAAAAACUAGCUAAGCAAUGGAUACAACUCCAUUCUCCAUACAAGAGGUGUCUUAAAUAAAAAAGGUGUCUUGCCCCCCCUCAAAGUAUUUACAAAGUAUUAAAUAGAUUUCAGAAGUUCAUUACCUUCUCCUUGUGUAAUUACACAAAACGUUAUUUCUGAAAUUUAUUUUUGGAAGUUUGGAUUGUUUGGGGUUUUGACCAAAAUCUGAGUCAAUUUCACGUCAACAGCUCCUUUAGAUAUAUAUUUACCAGGAAAAAUCAUGACUUGUUUAAUACUAUUUUUACCCGCUGUAUAUAUACACA